AUGGACAGUUAAAGAACCGAGGACAAACGGAAAAAUCAACGCUUUUCCCAGAAAGAAAGUUGACAUUUUUAUUUGUUUGCUUGCCUCCAUAUCUCUCUUCCCGCAAGAUCCCCAAAUCUCGAACGCAGCACCAUGUUCGUAGCUUCGUUCCUGCGAUCCCUCUUGCUGCUCUCGAUCUGCUCGAUCCUCGUCCACUGCCCGAGCGCGGACGCUGCUUCUGCCAGCUCCAUCAUCUCCCCCGCGAAGGUCAAGCAGGUCUCAUGGAAACCCAGAGCGUUCGUGUACGAAGGGUUCCUCACGGACUUGGAAUGCGACCACUUGGUCUCUCUGGCGAAAUCAGAGUUAAAGAGAUCUGCGGUGGCGGAUAAUAUGUCGGGAAAGAGCAAGCUCAGUGAAGUUCGUACCAGCUCGGGGAUGUUUAUUCCGAAGGCCAAAGAUCCUAUUGUCGCUGGGAUAGAGGAGAAGAUUUCAACAUGGGCCUUUCUCCCAAAAGAAAAUGGAGAAGACAUUCAAGUGCUGAGAUAUGAGCAUGGACAGAAAUACGAUCCACACUAUGAUUACUUUGCUGAUAAGGUCAAUAUUGCCCGAGGUGGACAUCGCUUGGCGACAGUGCUAAUGUAUCUUACUGAUGUGGAGAAGGGCGGUGAAACAGUUUUUCCCAACGCAGAGGAUCCUCCUCGUCGUAGAGCUUCUAACACAGAUGACAAUCUAUCUGAAUGUGCAAAGAAAGGGAUCGCAGUGAAACCAAGAAAAGGCGAUGCGCUUCUUUUCUUCAGUCUCACGCCGGAUGCUGUCCCCGACCAGAACAGCCUUCAUGCGGGUUGUCCGGUGAUCGAAGGCGAGAAAUGGUCAGCAACGAAGUGGAUUCACGUGGACUCGUUCGACAAGAUAAUUGGUGAAGGCGGGAACUGCACGGACACGAACGAGAGUUGCGACAGAUGGGCUGCACUCGGGGAAUGCACCAAGAAUCCUGAGUACAUGGUCGGAACUCCUGAGCUCCCUGGUUAUUGUAGGAGGAGUUGCAAGGUAUGUUGAAGACUAGAGGUUUGGGUUUGCGCAUCGCUUGAUAUACUCCUCUUGUUUGUAUCUACACAGCCACGAGUUCAAAUACUCUUAGGAUUUUCUUUUUUCGGUCGAAAGGAUGCAAGUGCUUUUGUGUACCCCUGUUCUUUCUUAAUAUUUAUAUUGUGAACUGAACUAGUUUAAGACAAUCAUAUGCAUUUAUGCGCAGAUUUUGCCAA